GACAUUUACCGUUAUCGGAGUAAGACCGGACUAGUCGAGUGGUAUAUAGUUAGUAGUGCCGAUCACCAUUAGUACCGCUCGUAUCAGUUUCCAUAGCGUUACGCUGAAUGAUUAAAAUUGUAUACUAUUAGAAUAAGUUCGACUGGUUAACAAUGGUGACGGCCAACGUAAACGAUAGCAACACUUACACGCCAACUGUAGUGGCCCAAAUCCGAUACUUAUUGCAAUGGUUUGGCGAAUGGAGCGAAAUGGAACGAGGUGACUUUUUGCCAGUGCUAGUGCAAGGAUUUGGUGCCAACAACGGUUCAGUCAAUGGUCUGUUACCGUUAAUGGAAAGCCUUUGCACCCAAGACGGGCGUCCGUUGAGCUUGUUCAAGUGUCGUAUAAAAUUAUUCACUGAAUGGGUACAAUCAUGGUCCGAUGACGACAAGGAGAGUUUUUUAAAUGGUAUCAGAUCCAUGGAUACAGACUUUGCGCAACUUUACGAACAAAAAGUUUGUAGCUAUGCGUCUGACAACAAGGAGCACUGGAAUGGUCUUAACGGCGAUCAACUUCAUGAUGUGAUUGAAUAAAAACAUAGGUUUGACAAUUCUUUUUACUUUUUCUAUUCUUUGGUAUAAGUACUAUUUUUUAUUUAGAAAUAAAUUGUUUAAGAUUUUUACUAUA